UUCCGGAUCCGUUACGUGUUGUUGCGCGGCCAUCUUGGUUUGGCUUCGCGCUUUCUCACUGUAAAAUUUUGCGAGUAAUGUUUGGUUACACUUGAUAAGGAAGCUGUUAUAUGUGAAUUGAAACAGAGUGAUUUGUGAAUAAGACUACUGAAUAAAACUCCAUUAUGGAUCCGGCUAAGAUGAAAGUGGUGGAUCUUAGGUCCGAGCUUGGCGCCCUCGGUUUGGAUACCAAAGGGAACAAGCCGGCUUUAGUUGAAAGAUUGAAGAAAGCACUAGAAGCAAAGUCAGGAAAAGCUCUUCCAGAUACAUCUGUACUGGACACAUCUACAGAGGAUGCUGACGAGCCAGCGACUCCGAGACGAGCUGUACCUGCUCCAAGGACCACUCGACGCUCCUCAUCAUCACGUCUGGCUGCAACACCGGCUAAAGUACCUCCUCCAGCACGUGAAGAACCACCUGAGCCUAUACCAGAGGAACCAAAGCCAGGGGAGCCAUAUUCUCCAAGUCAGGAGGACUCUGACAAUGACGCCCCGGCUAAGGAAGCCGCGCCAGCGCCUGCUCCGGCUCCUGAGCCGGUGGCGGCGCCCGAGCCGGCGCCAGCCCCAUCACCGGUGAAGGCCCCCGAGCCAGUCGCAGCGCCCGAGCCGGUGGCGGCCCCGGCACCAGCUCCCGCGCCAGCCCCCGUCCCAGCUCCAGUUCCUGCACCCGUGGAGGCACCUAUUAAAAUGGAAGAAGAACCUGAGCCUGAAAGCAAGAGUGAAGUGCCAGUAAAACAACCAGACCCCGAACCAAUGGAUGUGCAAGAAAACCCUCCUCCUCAGGAGAGUGAGGAGUCAGAAAAGAAAGAAGUGGAAAAGGAGGAGGAUAAAGAGGAGAAAGAAGCAGACAAAGAAAAAGAUCCCAAGAAGGAGCGCGAACUAACAGAAGAAGAAGAAUGGGAUCAGCUGAACGAGCGUCUCCGUGUCCGUGAGCAGGAACGUCUCGAGAGGGAACGCAAGCAAGCCGAGGAUGACGCGCGACGCCUUGAGGAGCUCAGCAAUGACCCAGUCAGGCUGAACCGUUUGAAGCGCAAGCAUGAAAAGAAGGCUCGGUGGAGUAACUUCUACAGGGCUAUCGAAGUCACUAAUGAAGUGCUUACUCCUCCCGAGGAGGCGCAAAUUAAGGAAAGAAAGGAAGCAGCCGAAGUUAAAGUGGCUGAACCAGAGAUUGAUGACAGCAAGAUCACAUUGUCUUGGUAUGACAGUGAUCUCAACCAGUACUUGGAGGUGCCAGCGUUGAACGGUGUGAUCCCCCUCAGCGACGGUGCCUUUGCAUAUGCUUGGGCUGGUACACGAGCUACACAUGGGGUGGAUGCCGGAAAAGUCUGUUAUGAGGUUCGUGUUGGCGCCACAGUCCUGACCACUGAAGGUGGGGAAAAGGAACAAAUCACCUCGGGACUGAGAAUAGGCUGGUCCACCGAAGACUCGUCACUAAAUCUUGGUGAAGGUGAGCUCAGUUGGGCGUACGAGAGCUCAGGUCGCGCUCUCAACAACAGCGAGUUCAAGGAAUACGGGAAAACACUCAACGAGAAGGAUGUUGUCGGAGCUUACUUGGACUUGGAAUCAAACCCUUGCACGAUUUCCUACACGUUAAACGGCGAGGAACUCGGCAAUGCGUUUGAGUUUGACAAGGAGGCACUGAACGGCAAAGCUUUAUUCCCACACAUUUUCACCAAAAACAUGUGCUACAAAGUCAACUUCGGUUAUGACAGAUAUAACAUGUUAACGAAGACAAAGACAGUCCGCCACCGAAUCGAAGUGCCCGUAGAACAAGUUUUAGCAGAGAAACGAGCCAUUGAAGCUGAACUGCAGCGUAAGAAGGAGGAAGCUGCCAAGAAGGAGAAGGAACGACGGGAGAGGGAGAAGGCGGAGAGAGAGGAACGACAGAGGAAGAAGAAAGAGGAACGAGAAAAACAAGAGCGUGAGAGGAAAGAGAAGGAGGCAGCGGAGAGGAAGGAGAGGGGCGAGGAGGAACCUGAACCUACUCCCGCUGAGGGAGAGAACAAGGAGGAUGGUGCCAAGGAGGACGGUGCCAAGGACGAUGCACAGCCCAUGGAGGAAUCCACUGAUGUUAAGGAGCCUAAGGAGAACGGCGAUAAGGCUGAGGAAAAGACUCCCGAGGAGAAGGAAGACAAAGCUGAGGCCAUGGAGACGGAGCCAGCCGAGCAGACUGAGCAGGCCGAGCAGACCGAGCCCGCACCUGAGGUCACACCUAAACAGGAACCUGUUCCUGAGGGUGAGCUUGCCGAGGUAACGGAAGAGCAAGUACUUCAGGCUCCGCCAGGUCACGUACUGGACCCGAGGAUUCAGUUUGUCAUCCGCUACACAGUGGACGAGGAGUUGGACGGCGAGGAGGCGUCCAUACUGCCGGGCUACGUGUUCAUCUGCCACGCUACCCUCGUGCCCGGCCCCGCCCGCCCCGCCACCGUCGCAGACUGCGAGGUGAUCCUGAUGGUGGGCAUGCCGGGGUCUGGCAAGACGUACUGGGUGAAGCAGCACGUGUCGUCGCAGCCCGAGCGGCGCUACUACGUGCUGUCCACGGCCACGCUCUUCGACCGCAUGAAGGUGGACUGUAAGCCCUUCCGCGCCAGCUACGAGGGCCGCUGGGACGCUAUGGUGUCCAAGUGCGCUAAAUGCGUGCUUAAGUUGUUGGAAAUCGCGAAGGGCCGCAAAAGGAAUUUUAUCCUCGACCAGACGAACGUAUACCCGUCGGCCCAGAGGCGGAAGCUCAGGGAAUUCGACGGGUACCGGCGAGUCGCAGUCGUCAUAGUGACCGACGACGACACCUACCGCGACCGACAGAAACGACGCGAGGAGCUCGACGGCAAGGAGGUGCCCGACGGGGCUAUCGUGGACAUGAAAGCCAACUUCGCGCUGCCCGAGAAGUGCUCGUGGCUAGACGACGUGAUAUUCCCCGAGCUGAGCGGCGAGGCGGCCGCGGCCGUGGUGGACGGCUACCACCGCGAGGCGCGCGCCGCCGGCGUGGCGCGGGACUCGCACCGCCGCGACCGCUCCGCUGACAACGACGGACCGCCCAACAAGCGACACCGCUCCAGCGACAAGCGACACCCGCGCGACGACAGGCGCAGGGACUUCUCCCGCGGGGACAGAGAGGACCGUUGGGGCGGCAGCACGGGGUCCGGGGGCCGCUGGGGCGGCGGCGCGGGGCGCGGGGCCAGUCGCUGGGGCCCGCGCGAGCCGCGCCCGCCCUCCAACACGCGCUUCGACCGGCCCUGGCAGGGACCCGCGCCGCCCACGGCACCCCAACCACCCAACCGAUACGACAACGACUUCCGCGGCGGGCAGGGUCGCGGCGGGCGCGGCGGCGGACGCGGGGAGCGAGGUGGACGCGGCGGGGGCCCGCCCAACGACCGGUUCGGACGGGACAGGCACGCCAGGCCCAACGACCGCGGACCCGACAAGAGGCACCAUCAACCUGGCGGCGCAGGCAACAACAACGGCGGCGGCGGCGCGGGGUCCUGGCAGCGCGGCGCGGCGGCCGCCAGCGGGCCCCGCGCCAUGCAGCCCCGCCCCGGACACGCCGGGCCCCCGCACCAGCGACACAACCCGCCCAACCAGAAGGAUGGACAGAAUCAAAACCAGAACCAGAACCAAGCCAACCAACAGGGAUGGAACCAGUGGGCUGGCGGCUGGGGAGGAUGGGGCAACUGGAACCAGAACCAAGGUUGGGGCAACUGGGGUAACUGGGGCAACUGGGGCAACCCCCAGCAACAACAACAGUCGGGCGGCGGCGGCGGCGGCGCGGCGGGCGGCGCGGCCAACAAGGCGGGGGCGCAGCACUGGCCCGCCACCUACACGGCGCAGCAGUGGUACCAGUGGCAGCAGUGGCAGCAGCAACAACAACACGCAUGGCCCGGGUAUCAGCAGGGUAACCAAGCUGGCAACACACCUGACGCCCAAGCGUGGGCACAGUAUUACCAGAACUACGGCAACGCCAAUGCAAACAAUGCCGCUAACAACGCAGUCACCGGCUCUGAGAAAAAGUGAUGUUCACUUACCAACGAUACUCCGCGCUUGUGACGUCCGACCGACGUAUCGGCCGACACGUUUAUGUACGACCCUUACGUAGCCAACUUCGCCUGCCUGCUUCAGUACACAGCCGGAUAUCAUGCCUAGAUCACCUAGACACAGCCAAGGACAAUACUAAUUAGUUCCCAAGGUACUCAAACCUCUCUUUAUCCUAAAUUACAGUGUUAUUCCGUGUAAAUCGUGUCAGAGUAUUUAAUAUACGUGUUUUUUAAAGUAAAUUACAAGUUCAUGUUGAUAUUUACAAAUGUCUAGUAGUAUCGAGUUUGAUAUGUAACUUUUCUAUAGAUUAAGUAGUUCAAAAUGGUUGUUUAUAAAUAUACCUUUUUAUUAUGUCAGUUACUGAUAGGGUCGUUAUCAUAAUGCUCACGCUCAGGUCAAUAUUCGAAUAUAUCGACGUCGCUCGCUGGACUUAAGCGUUAGAACUCAUACAAAAAAUUGUAUAAUUGAUACAUAUUUUCCUACAGUAUUUAGGUAAUAGCCAAAAUAAUUAAAAAGUAUUGCAGCAGUAAUAAAUAGUUAGUUUCCUCGAGUUAACUUUGUUUUUUGCUUUAUAGCAAAUGUUAUACAUUCUGUUUUUAUAUUGUUUUCGGUAUCAUAUUGUUUAUGAUUGGUGCAAUACUUUUUGUCCAGUGUACACUGGACUUGUAUGUUUCAGUUGAAUACAGCCUGAAAAAUAGUAACAGGUUUCAUGUUUGUUGUCCUAUUAAACCUUUUCAUAGUCAUUGUUAUCAUAAUGUAUGUGAUUGUUGCACUGAUUUUUAAAUUGAAUGUGCAAUGGACUCAAUAUACAAAAUGUAAAAUGAAAUGUUUCAUUGAAACUAGGCUAGUAAGAAUAUUAUCACGGUUCUACAAAGUUUUAAUAUAUUUGCUAAAGUUUUAGUCAGGACAUUGUCCCUUAUGUCUAAAUUAGAAACCUGCAUUUUGUUUUAUUUUUUGUUGUAUGUGAUAGUGUUUGUCACAUUGAGUGCUGACAAUAUGUAGCACGCGUCUCAUUGUAAAUGUGUUAAGUGAGCAAGAUUUAUCUAGUACAACGAUGUCUGUUAGUAUAAAACUCCACUUUGCACAUACUUUUAAUAGUCAAGUAAUAGUUUAGACACGAAAUCGAGUGAUUAUUAUGGAAGAACAUUUUGAGAAAAUGCUCGUUCUUACGACAACAUUAUUAUAAGUAGAUAUUAUUUGCGUUUUAGGUUUUAAAGUUUUGUUUGGUUGAUGUUGGGUAUUGCUACGAGCAUUUCCAAAUGUUCUCUUCGCUACGACAAUACUUUUCUCAAUAUUUUUACACCAUUAAUCAACUCAACGAUACAAAGUUACCCAACAAUCUGGGUAACAUGUUUAUAUUGCUACCUGCCCGUUAUAGGAGGUGACGAUAAUUUUAGCUAUUUAGGUAAUAAUUAUAUAAAUCGGGGGUGUAAGUAAAUGUAAGUUUUUUAAUGACUAAGUUACAGCUAAGUAACUGACGGCGACUGGGUGAGUGAAUGAUGAGCUUAUAGCUUCGUGUACAAAUGUUUUAGUUAGGAAUGUGAGUGUGAAUGUCACUACUGAUAAUGAUUUAGUAAUAAAAGAUAUGCAAUAAGA